AUGCGUUUAGAAAAAUGUUACUUUUGUUCUUCUACAGUAUACCCCGGACAUGGGACAAUGUUUGUAAGAAAUGAUAGUAAGGUAUUUAGAUUUUGUAGAAGUAAGUGUCAUGCAGCCUUUAAACAUAAACGCAAUCCACGUAAAGUAAGGUGGACAAAAGCAUUUAGAAAAGCAGCUGGCAAAGAAAUGGCCAUA